AUGGUUGUAUCGACGAUACCAGUCAGCAAUAAUGGCGGAAUGGGUACCGCAGAAUUCUUGAGUUUUGCUCGGCAAGUGGUGGUCGGACGGUGGUUCUCGCUUUUUGCUUCCUUCCUUGUAAUGACCGGCGCCGGCAGCUUUUUUUUGUUUCCUCAUUUCUCUAAAGACAUUAAAGAAACGCUCAAAUGUGACCAAACUACACUCAACAAGAUUGGCUUUUACAAAGACCUCGGAUCAAACGUUGGCAUUAUCUCUGCCCUUUUGGGCGGGAUCCUGCCGUCUUGGUGCCUUCUCGUCCUCUCCUCCGCCGUCAACUUCAUUGGCCACUUCAAGAUUUGGGAAGCUGUCACCGGAAAAGUUGUGAGGCCGACCGUUGAGUACUUUUGCUUUUAUUUUGCAGUCGGAGGAAACUCUCAGACUCUAGCCAAUACAGUUGUGCUAGUCACGUGCGUGAAGAAUUUCCCAGAAAGAAGAGGAGUAAUAUUAGGGCUUUUGAAAGGUUUCUUGGGACUAGGUGGAGCUGUACUGACUCAAGUUUACUAUGCCAUUUAUGGUCAUGAUACCAAAUCUCUCAUUCUCUUGAUUGCUUGGCUCCCUUCUUUAAUUUCUCUCAUUUUUGCUUACGCGAUCAGAGAAGUAACAAUCGUUAAACACCCAAAUGAAUUCAGAGUUUUCACUCAAUUUCUCUCUGUUUCCCUCAUUCUUGCUCUGUUUCUCACCAUCUUAAUCUUCCUUCAAAGAGAAGUUCGAUUCGAUGAAUUAACCCAUGUUUCAGUUGUCACUGCAAUCAUGGGUUUGCUUUUACUUCCUCUGUUAAUUGCCAUUAGAGAAGAACUUGUUCAAUGGAAUCUUAACAAAAUCACUAAAUUAAGGAAAUCCCUAACACUCCCUCAAAUCUCUAUUUCUGCUCCAAAAUUAAAUAACCCAUCAUUUCAGACCGAUUCUUUUUUCCAAAACAUUUUCAAUAAACCCAAAAGAGGAGAAGAUUACACGGUUCUUCAAGCAAUUUUGAGCAUUGAUAUGCUCAUUUUAUACAUGACGAUGAUAAUUGGGAUUGGUUCAAGCUUUACAGCUAUGGAUAAUUUUGGUCAAAUCGGUGAAUCGCAAGGCUACUCAAAUGAAUCCCUUGAUUCAAUCAUUUCAAUCGUCAGUAUUUUCAACUUUUGUGGUAGAAUCUUUUCUGGGUUUGCUUCAGAAAUCUUGUUAGAGAAAUUCAAAUUCCCCCGACCGUUGAUGCUCACUUUCACUCUUUUGAUCUCUUGUAUUGGACAUAUCUUAGUGGCUUUUCCUUUCCAUCAUUCUCUUUAUAUUGCAUCAAUCAUAACUGGGUUUGCUUUGGGUUCUCAAAUUCCAUUGUAUUACGCUAUGAUUUCAGAGAUUUUUGGUCUCAAACAUUAUUCCUUUUUGUAUAAUUUUGGUCAACUGUCUUGCCCUAUUGGGACUUAUGUUCUGAAUGUUUUGGUGGCUGGGAAAUUCUACGACCAGGAAGCUAAGACGAGUGCUUAUUCAAGCCAAUUUAAAUGCGAAGGUGAACUCUGUUAUAGAAAUUCUUUCGUCAUUUUGACUGGGAUAUCGUUGUUGGGAGCUGCGAUUUCGUUGAUUUUGGUGAGAAGAACAAGUGAGUUUUACAGAGGAGAUAUAUACAAGAAGUUUAGAGAAGAUAUGGAUUCUUUGAAGACGGAUAUGAAACUUUACGCUAUUGAUUGUAAGAUUAGUGACAAUGUUGUUCGCAGACAGGGUACCACGCCAAUGAGAUGA